GCAAGUAGCUCCCCUGCUGACCAAGAAAAGCAAGCUCUGUCUCGCAGCAAGCUCUUCAAUACGCUCCAGCCCAGCUCUACCAUGGCAUUGGCAAUGCGCGUCAUGAGCUUGCUUCCUGCCACCAUCGCCGUGAUGAUCGCAGCGGCCUCCUGGGGAGCGCACGGCGGUGCCAGCGACGAGGCCAGCGCGCUGCUUGCUUUCAAGGCUGAGCUCGCCGGCAGCGGCUCCGGCAUGCUUGCAUCCUGGAAUGGCACCGCUGGCGUCUGCAGCUGGGAGGGCGUGGCGUGCACCAGCGGCCAGGUGGUGGCACUGAGCCUGCCCUCUUAUGGGUUCGCCGGAGCCCUCUCCCCGGCCAUUGGGAACCUCACUUUCCUGCGGACCCUGAACCUGAGUUCCAACUGGUUCCAGGGGGAGGUCCCAGCAAGCAUCGGCCGCCUAGCGCGUCUGCAGACGCUUGAUCUGAGCUACAAUGCGUUCUCUGGUACGCUUCCUUCCAACCUCAGUUCCUGUGUCAGCUUACUGCUGUUAGAUCUCAGCAGUAACCGGUUCCAUGGGCGUAUCCCUGUUGAGCUUGGAGACAAGCUAACAAGUCUUCAGAAGUUCUCACUGGGCAACAACAGCUUGACGGGUGCCAUGCCAGGAUUACUAGGUAACCUGUCAUCCCUGAACUACCUUGAUCUGAGAAAAAACCACCUCGAGGGUCCGAUCCCACAUGAACUCGGCAGCAUGGGCGGCCUGCAGGUCCUUUUACUCCAUGACAACAGACUCUCCGGUGUGCUUCCACACUCCCUGUACAAUCUGUCCUCACUGAAAAAGUUGGGGGUAGGAGACAACAUGCUGUCUGGAACCAUCCCUGCUGAUAUCGGCGAUAGGUUCCCCGGUAUGGAAGCUCUUGACUUUUCUAGCAACCGAUUCAGUGGAGCUAUCCCACCUUCGCUCGGCAACCUCUCUGCUCUCACAAAACUAGUCCUUCAAGAAAAUGGUUUUAUUGGAUAUCUUCAGGUUCUUGUUCUCGGCAACAACUCUUUCAGCGGGCAACUGCCUAAUUCAGUCACAAACCUGUCAUCAACUCUGCAAGGUCUUUAUUUGGGAGACAAUAUGAUUUCUGGGAAUAUUCCAAUAAACAUCGGAAAUUUGGUUGGUCUUACAGUAUUUGUGAUGGGAAAUACUUCUGUAUCUGGACAGAUUCCAGAGAGCAUUGGUCAGCUAAGAAACUUGGGUGUGUUAGGCCUUUACAACACUAGCUUGUCAGGCCUCAUACCUUCGUCACUAGGAAAUCUUACACAGUUGAAUAGGCUUUAUGCAUACUAUGGAAACUUAGAGGGGCCAAUUCCAUCAAACUUGGGGAACUUAAAGAAUGUGUUUGUCUUUGAUCUCUCAACAAAUCGACUCAAUGGUUCAAUUCCUAUAGAGGUUUUAAAACUUCCUCAACUUUCCUGGUACUUAGACUUAUCAUAUAAUUCAUUAUCCGGGCCACUUCCAAUUGAGGUUGGUACCAUGGUGAAUCUUAACGAACUGAUUCUGUCUGGAAACAAGUUGUCAGGCACCAUACCAGCUAGUGUUGGGAACUGUAUAUCGUUGGUACGGCUGCUGCUCGAUAACAACUUAUUAGAAGGAAGCAUACCUCAAUCUCUGAAGAAUAUAAAAGGUCUUGCAUUACUGAACCUAACAAUGAAUAAGCUAUCUGGUAGUAUUCCUGAUGCCCUUGCUAGCAUUGGCCACCUGCAACAACUGUAUCUUGCACACAACAACUUGUCAGGUUCCAUCCCCAAAGUUCUACAGAAUUUGACAUUGUUGGCAAAACUGGAUUUGUCCUUCAAUGAUCUGCAAGGCGAAGUGCCAAAAGGGGGUCCUUUUGCAAAUGCAACUCACUUGUCAAUUGAUGGAAAUGAUGAGCUUUGUGGCGGAAACCCUCAACUUCAUUUAGCUCCGUGCUCCACAGCAGCUGCGGAGAAGAACAGAAGGCGAAUGUCAAGGUCACUUAUGGUCACCGUAGCGUCAAUCUGCGCACUUCUAUUCUUAGGUUUAGUAGUUUGUCUUAUCCAUUUGAUCCACAAGAGGCUCAGACAAGGAAAGGAAAAUCAACUCAUUCCCACAGUAAUUGAUGAACAGCACGAAAGGGUUUCAUAUCAAGCAUUAGCAAAUGGGACUGACCAUUUUUCGCAGGUUAAUCUGCUCGGACAAGGAAGCUAUGGUGCAGUUUAUAAGUGCACUUUACAAGACAAGGGAAUUACCGCAGCUGUAAAGGUAUUCAACGUGUGGCAAUCUGGGUCUACUAGAAGUUUUGUGGCUGAAUGUGAGGCACUGCGAAGGGUGCGCCACCGAUGUCUCAUAAAGAUCAUCACCUGUUGCUUAAGCAUUGAUCACCAAGGCCAAGAAUUCAAGGCACUGGUUUUUGAGUUCAUGCCCAAUGGUAACCUAAAUGGUUGGCUGCAUCGAGCAUCCAAAAUACAGAGUCUGAGCAAUACGCUCAGCUUAGCUCAGAGACUGGACAUUGCGGUAGAUAUCAUGGAUGCUUUGGAUUAUCUUCACAAUCAGUGUCAACCGCCUAUUAUCCAUUGUGAUCUCAAACCAAGUAACAUCCUCCUUGCCGAAAGUAUGAGUGCUCGGGUUGGAGAUUUCGGCAUAUCAAAAAUCCUUCCUGAUGACACUAGCAAAACUAUGCUGAAUUCGGUUAGCUUCACUGGACUAAGAGGUUCCAUUGGAUACGUCGCUCCAGAGUACGGCGAGGGUCGCGCCGUCUCAACUCUUGGAGAUGUUUACAGCCUCGGCAUACUGUUGCUUGAGAUGUUCACCGGGAUGAGCCCUACUGACGACAUGUUCAAAGGCUCCUUGGACCUUCAUAAGUUCGCCGAGGCCGCUCUCCCCGACAGAGCCUUGAAGGUAGCCGACCCGGCAAUCUGGCUUCAUGAAGAAGCAAAGGGGGAAGACCCGGCCACGGUGAGAAGCAGAAGCGAGAGGUGCUUGGCUUCAGUGGUCGGGCUUGGCGUGUCCUGCUCAAAGCAGCUGCCAAGGGAGCGGACGGCGAUGCGGGAUGCUGCCGCUGAGAUGCGUGCGAUCAGAGAUGCCUUCCUGGUUCAAUGUGCAACAGAGACUUGGCCUGCAGUCGGCACCAGCGGCCUUGGAAGCACAGACACUUGAAUGGUGGACGGAGCUACGGUCUCUUGACGCACCAAGGAGCCACCGGACUAGCUGCUCUGCAACUAACAGGGUGGAGAAAGCGCCCCUUAAUGAAAAGAAAAACAGCCGGUGCAAGGCUUUAUA